GCGUUUUGCGUCUCUAGACCGAACUGCAGAGAACACGAGCUCAUGGGAAGCCAUCCUAAGCAAGGUCCUGAGAAACAGAGAAGCAUCCGGGACGCGAGCUUCCACCCGCACACUCACCCACGCUCUUCUUCAGCAAGAUGCUUGCUGCCAGCACAGGGACCAGGCAGCUAAAUGUCACCUGUGACAACUCCGUGGACCAGGAGGUCUUCCUCCAUUACUCCCUCAUUCCAUCACUCUUCAUCAUUUUGAUCUUGUCUUACCUCCAAAGACGAGAUCAUCGUAGACAAAGGGAUGACACCUCCCAACUCCUCGGGAACCAUUUUGGAAUCAUCAUGCCCCUGGACUUCGUGGGGACUUUCAGUAACCGGUGGUCCUAUGGCAUGGCCUUCGGAGCUACCGCCAAUAAAGUCAUGUUCUUGUUCUCAGAAGGCUACCAGCCCCUGAAGGUUCCACAGUGGGCCCAAGCCUUUGUGCUUCUCAUGGGGGCCAUGGAAGUCGGCCUGUCCUAUUUCCCCUUCUUUGCCUGCCUGUCCUCAGAGUUCCAGCUGGUCAGCUCCAUCCUGGGCUUCGGCUAUUCCCUGACCUGGUUUGUGCUUACCAUUCUUCAGAUCUCACAGUGUCCCCACGGGCAGUUUCUGGGGAGGUUUGAGACCCUCAUUUUCUAUUGGCCAUCACUGUUGUGCCUGGGAUUCCUGCUGGGUCGUUUCCUGUACAUGUUCCUUAAGGCUCUACCAAUCCACCUGGGCCUGGAGCUGCAGGCGGCAGAAGAAAAGUCGGUGCUAGAGGCCCACCAGGCAGAGCACGUGAAACAGCUCUUGAACAAGCCCAGCCCACAAGAAAGAGAGAAGUCUUGGUUUCAAACUAGAGUGUAUGAGUGGGACCCUUGCUUCCAGUUCCCCAGCAGGAUGGUCGGGACCCUUGUGCUGGCAUUCAUCUGCCUGUACCUUUUCAUCGUCAUUGAGUUCUGUGUGUUUCUGCAUGUGAGAGACAAGCUGGAUGUGUUUGAAGACAAGCUGCAGAGCUACCUCACCCACAUGAAUGAGACGGGGGCUUUGACCCCAGUCAUCCUACAGGUGAAAGAACUGAUCAGCGUCACUAAAGGAGUCUGGGUGGUGACCAUUUUGCCUGCCUCCCUCACCUGUGUCAGCUAUCUCUUCCACAUUUUGGCCUGUUACAGAAAGCACAUGAAGAGGCUGUGGGCUGGAGACAAACGCUUCCUUCCGCAGAAGUUCCACAGUCCCUCCUCGGCGGCGAGUGUGGUGGCCAUUGCAAGGUACUCUGGCUGGCAAAUAGCCUAUAUCCUCUGGGGCUACCUCAUCAUCCAUGUGGUACAGAGCCUCUGUGGUGUGAUGCUCAUGUAUGGCCUGGUGCUGCCCAUCACCCACCACCAAGGCCUGGAGAUGCUGCAAGGGCUGGGCCUUGGGGUCCUCACCUUAUUCGUAGUGGUGGGCCUCAUGAUCCUGCAGGCGUGGAUCGCUGGCAGAUUCUUCCUGCAGCCCAAGCUGGGCACAGCUGACAAGCAGAAGCCCCUGGCUCUCCACAACAGGAAAGCAUUCCACAACUUCAACUACUUCCUGUUCUUCUACAAUGUGCUGUUGGGCCUGGGUGCCUGCCUUUCCAGGCUGCUCAUCAGCUGCCUCCUGGGCACAUGGCUGAUUGCACGCAUUGACAGGACCAUCAUGCAGAGCGGCUAUGAGGGUGCAGACAUGGGCUUCCGUGCUUGGGUUGGCAUGCUCUUUGUGGACCAUUAUCACACCAACCCUGUGCUGGUGAGCUUUUGCCACAUCCUGAUUGCAAGCCACAGGGAGCAGAAGCUGCAGAAAACCGUGAAAUAUUGGUGCCUGAACCAAUCAGCGGGUCCCCGAUUCUCAGCCAGGGCCAGAACUAAGUGGUUCCUGCUACAGACAUUGAUCAACAAUCCGAGGCUCGUCAUGCUUAGAAAAUCAAAAUCAAGUCACGGUUCCCGAGAGUUCACACAGAUUCUGCCAACCUGCUCGGAUUGCUGAUUGGACCACCAACUUCUGCUCUCAAGAGAGGCUUGGUUUAACCAGCAGUCGUUCCCUACAAUGGGACAAGAUGACAUAGGCACUUUUCAUGCACAUGAUAGACAGAACUGGCCACUUGUGGGAUACUCAUCUAGACUGAGGGUUUAAGUCUAGGACUAUCUCAAUCCCUUGGAAAAAAAGAAAAUAAAAAGCAAUGUCUGUGGAACAAA